AUGCCGAAAUUUUAUUUUCCGCAAAAUCCGCUUGCCACGAUGCCGAGCUUACGGUGCGUCGAUGCGCCUGCAACGGCCAGUCUCUUUGUUCACCUCAGCAUGCAUCGGCAACCGCUCACAUCCGGCGUUGCCCUCCCUAUCCUGGACCUCUUCGUGCCCAUGCGGUCGAGGGCCACGAUGGCGCCCCGGGCACCUUCUAGUCGGGCAUACUACGCUAUACCGACGAGUUCAUUAAACGGAAUACGCCGUUCUGCGCGCUACACAUACAUAUCGAGAACAUUACUCCCACCACAGGUCGCAUCCCGCCAACACCCGACGAUAACACCACUCACCACGACCGUUCCCUCCACCCGUAGUUUCACGAAUUCUGUCCGUCGGCACGCAACUCAAGCCCUGUUCAACCCACAAAAGGACGAAGAUGGUAAUGAAAUGGUGCUGGAGAUCACCGAACGCGCAGCCAAGCGCCUCUCCGAGAUAAUGGCCAAAGACUCCAACCCCAACCUCGCCCUUCGUAUCCAAGUCGAGAGCGGUGGUUGUCACGGCUUCCAAUACCUCAUGAAGCUCGUCACGCUCCCGUCCUCACUUCCCACACACCCAGUUGCCGUCACCGAAGAACAGGAUGCAAACAAUACCUCGGCCACCAUCAACGAAGACGACACGAUAUUCACAUUUGCAUCCGCCGAUGGCCCCAAAGCGUUAGCUGCGCCUAAGAUUAUCCUCGACUUACCGUCAUUGGAACUGCUGAAGGGGAGCAAGGUCGAUUUUACUAUGGAGCUUAUUGGCUCACAGUUUAAGAUUGUAGACAAUCCACAUGCUACAAGUAGUUGUGGGUGUGGGACGAGUUUCGAUAUCAAGAUAUGA